ACUUUACCAUUCCAUUCUUUUUCACCACAAAAUGUAUCAGCAAAACAAGAUGAUGUUAUACAAUGGGAAUAUAUAUAUGGUAAACAUCAGAUUGUGCAAUCAGAUGGACCAGCUGGAAAUUGCAUUAAAUCAAGAAAUUUAAAUGCAUUUGAUUCCGGAUUAAAAGAAGAAGGAGUUUUUAGUAUGACCAUAACACAAACAAGGGGAAUGAUAUAUUAUUUUUGUUCAUAUAGUUCACAUUGUGCAUACGGUAUGUGGGGCGUAAUUAAAAUUGAUCCGGAUAGUCCGGGACCCGAUCAAACAACAGUAUCAACACCUGUCACAGCGAAUACACCUAACUCAAUUGAAGAAACUAAUGAUACGGAUGGAAUGAGUUUACCUAUAAUAAUUGGUAUAUCGAUUGGAGGUUUUUUUACUCUUUCAAUAUUAGGAUUGAUUGGAUUUGUGUUAUAUAGAAGAAAAAAAUAUCAAAAACAAUUUGACAUUUCAAUGCAACCUUAUGAUCCAAAAUUGAUUGCUGGUGAUCACGGUGGUCCAGACGGAGGAAGUAAUUUAGUUAACAUGAGAGGUAGCGUUGGUAUGGCAUCAGUAUCAAGUUUAGGUAAUAAUACUUUAUCUAGGUCAAACACGCAACAUGGCCAUUCAAAUAAUGAAGUUAUACCGUCAAAUAGAUAUAAUCAAAAUCAACCAUAUGGUGAAACAGCGAUGAACUAUAUGGAGAGAACUAGCAGUGAAUAUGAUGGUGGCAAUAGAUUAUUUGGAGGACCAGUAGGACCGGUAGUAGGAGAUAAUGAAUCUAACAAUGGCGAAGUACCUAUAUCACCUUUAUCGCCUCCACCAAUGUAUCAUCCACAAUAUGGUAAUGAAUAUCAACAAGGACCUCCCAUUCCUCCCCAUCCUAAUUUGAUUCCACCACAACAACAAUAUGGUGCUCCUUAUUUAGCACCACACCCAACAAAUAUUUAUCCACAAUAUGGACCUUCCUCAAUAUAUCAAGAAUCUCAAUAUAAUAAUACUUCUGAUCCUUUUGGUCCUUCUCAUCCUGGUCAGUAUGCUUAUCAACAACCGCCACCGCAUCAACAACAAUCUGGUCAAUAUACUAUUAAUCCUGCUCAAUAUUAUGGUUCAAAUAAGAGUGAUACAUCAUAG